AUGCCGUCCACUCUUCAACCAGGUGCACCAGAUAUCACACUUAUAUACUACAAGGUAUCCGAGAUCGCAGGGGGCACCAGAGAAGUAAAAGCCAAAAUCCGAAGAGGCGAAGUCGCCAGAGUGUGGGUUAACAUCUUAGGCGAGCGAUUUCCUCCCAGGCGUUUUUUCGUUACGCACUCCAAGGAGCAAAACAAGCUGCGUUCUUAG